AUGAAGAACCUAGAAACAUUCCUUAGAACUACCGGUACCUUGUCUUUGGAGCCCCUAUCGCCCGAACGAUGUCCGUUGUUUGCAGUCUUUUAUUCAGAGUUUGAUAUCAAGGUUGGGCCGCGGAUUUGUUUUCAGACGCCGAAGAAGUUCAUGGAAAAUGAAAUAUCUAUAUCAACAAAAAAGAUUGAAGAAAUCCUUGGCGCCACCUUUGAUACGUUGCGCGAUGACGAUGACAACACUGCAAAUGGCAUCGACGACAUUGAGAAUUCGGAGGGGACUGAAAGUGCUUUCUCCAUUUUUGAUUCCACUUCAGAAUACAUUAUAACAGGAAGUGAGCUCACAGGGAAAAUUAUUACGCUGUCAACCCACGAACUCCACAUCAUGACACGACCAACACUUAUUGCCGACGAACGAUACGAGAGAAAUUCAUUGCUGUUCAGCGUUGGUAUCGUCCUACGCCGAGCAGCUGAUCCAAGGCCGUUCCGACCAGUUAUUUCGAAACUUGCAAUGGCACUUCAGAGCAUGGAAGUGGAAUCACAGUUUCUAUCGCAUUCCUCGUCUCGUCCUCAGCUUCAGCCGCUACUAGAACGUAUCCUUCUCUCUAUGAACGGUUCCAUGAUGGAGUGCAAUGCGCUUCUAGGAAGCUGCAAUGCUUUACACCUCAAGCUAUUUCACCCUCCGAAAGCAGAAGCUUUGCCGAUUCACGAUCAUGAGGUCCCAAUUCUGCUACAGAAGAAAUUGGAUCUUGAAAUGCACGAGUGGGACUUGAGUAUUUCGUGGACUUUACUGUACAUUGAUGGGGUCAGAACUACCCACCAAAUUGCCACAAAGGCUGAAGUCGAUCUCGAGAUGGUUCGAGCGUGCUUGAGAGUGCUUAAGCACCAUGGAUUCAUUGCAAUGGUUGACAUAUUUGUAUACUCCAACAGAUACGAAUUCACCCCCAAGGCAACGGCCAUGCUAGCAGGCAGAGAAGAAUCGUUGCAACAGGAAGCGGCUCACUACUCCAGAAAGGGAAACUUAUCGGGCACGGCCAAUGGUAGACCAGGGCAUACUAGUGAUUCUGAAGGUGAAUCAUCGAGACAUUCCUUGCGCUCUUCUCGAACGCUGAAUGUUCUCAACACCAGGCCGUCAUCCUUCAAACCUCCGUCAAAAAUGCUCGCAGAUUAUUACGAAACGCAGCCAAAUCGAACAACACGCCACAAAGAACUAGAAGUGGCACUCGCGGAGCUCUACUGCACCUGCAAUCGAAACGUAUCCUUCGGAGACUUAUGGGUCGCUUUAACAAUGAACAAGACCACAGCCAAGUCAACUCAUUCACCAGUUAGAGAAAAGAAAGACCCAAUCGACGAGGAAAUGCUCGACCGUAACUCUGUUGAUUCUUUCGCCAUCUCUCCUAGUGAAGCAGCCCAUUGGCAAAGUAUCCCAAAGCCAACUUCUGGUGGCAGCUUGGACUGGAAUUAUUUCUUGACUUGCAUCGAUCAUCGCAGAUUCUUUUCGUUUGGAGUAGUUCAUGGUCUCGUUACACGAGUGCACGAAUACCCUUACUUCCAUGGUUCCUUUCCUGAACGACGACAAAAGCAGCUUGAAAUGAAUGGAGAUUCGAAACGAAGCGUCCAACAAGCCUCGCUUGAGGAGAAAUCAUACAACCUUGCCCGCCAAAUAGCCACUUUGAUGGACGGGACACGGAUGGAUGACGAAUUUGUUUGCAGCUUCGAGCAGCCAUACAGAUGGCUUGUCAAAUUGGUCGAAGACCAGAGUGGAGAGAAAGUCGCCUCAAUUCUUAUGGCUUCAUGA